CCGGCGCGGAGCCGCUGGCCGGAGACAGCGGGGCCCGAGCGGGCUGGCUUUGCUUUCUGCUCCUCAGCGCUCGAAACCUGGGUGGCAUCUGCAGCCAGACCUAGAACCGAGUCGCGGACCCGCAGAGCGGGGCGUCCUCCAGCGAAGCUGGCGCCCCUAGCAUGAACAGGAAUCGCGAGGGCGUCGGACGCGAGGAUGGAGUGGGCGGCAGCAAACACGCACCCCUGAGAAAUCAGAAGUGGAGCCAAGGAAGCUCAAGGAGAUAUGCAUCUGCGAAUUAGCAUGAACCCACGCAGGUCUGCCUGGCUCAGAGUUCCAGCUUCGCACCACUGUGUCCCACUGAAACAACGAAGCACAAACUGGAAGAAAAACGAUGUGAGAUGUGAAUACUCAACAACAUUUUUGAUACAGGGAAGGCUUUUCAAAUUAAGAAAUGAGGAACAUUUUUCAUAAAGUUGAUUACAUGAAAUUUAAAGGAAGCUUUUCACAAGGCCUGGCAAGUGUGGUGAACGAAUUAGCAAACCCCAGCAGUGCAUUUCAGUGCCAGCCAGAACAAGCAUGCCCAGCAUUGUCCAGGAACUUCAAGAUGGUUCAUGCUAAGAGGUGGACCUUGAAGAAGCACUUUGUUGGCAGUCCUACUAAUAGUGACUUUGAGUUGAAGACAGCUGAGCUGCCACCCUUAAAAAAUGGAGAGGUCCUGCUUGAAGCUUUGUUCCUCACCGUGGAUCCUUACAUGAGAGUGGCAGCCAAAAGAUUGAAGGAAGGUGAUACAAUGAUGGGGCAGCAAGUGGCCAGGAUUGUGGAAAGUAAAAAUGCAGACUUACCAACAGGAACUGUUGUACUGGCUUCUUCAGGCUGGACAAUGCACUCCAUUUCUGAUGGGAAAGAUCUGGAAAAGCUGCCAACAGAGUGGCCAGACACAAUACCACUGUCUUUGGCUCUGGGGACAGUUGGCAUGACAGGCCUGACUGCCUACUUUGGCCUACUUGACAUCUGUGGUGUGAAGGGUGGAGAAACAGUGAUGGUUAAUGCAGCAUCUGGAGCUGUGGGCUCUGUUGUGGGGCAGAUUGCAAAGCUCAAGGGCUGCAAAGUUGUUGGAGCAGUAGGGUCCGAUGAAAAGGUUGCCUACCUUCAAGAGCUUGGAUUUGAUGUUGUCUUUAACUACAAGACAGUAAAGUCUUUGGAAGAAACCUUGAAGAAAGCCUCUCCUGAUGGUUACGAUUGUUAUUUUGAUAAUGUAGGUGGAGAGUUUUCAAACACUGUUAUCUCCCAGAUGAAGAAAUAUGGAAGAAUUGCCUUAUGUGGAGCCAUCUCUACAUAUAACAGAACUGGCCCACUUCCCCCAGGCCCACCCCCAGAGAUUAUUAUCUAUCAGGAGCUUCGCAUGGAAGGGUUCAUCGUCCACCGCUGGCAAGGAGAUGCCCGCCAAAAAGCUCUGAAGGACUUGCUGAAAUGGGUCUCAGAGGGUAAAAUCCAAUGCAAGGAAUAUAUCAUUGAAGGAUUUGAAAAUAUGCCAGCUGCAUUUAUGGGAAUGCUGAGAGGAGAUAAUUUCGGGAAAACAAUAGUGAAAGCAUGAAAAAAAAGGACACGUGGAAUCUGGAGGCCACUUAGAUGAUUACUGAAUUUGUUUUUCACCAUUUAGCAAAAAUGUAUACUACCUUAAAUGUCUAAGAAACAGUACUUGUAAUGAGUUUGACCUGCUUAAUAAAAUACAUUUAAGUGGUA